UUGAUUCCAGCAAGUGCUGCGGUUAUUUUUCAUUUAAUAUUUAUUGAAAAUGUUUUUCAAGGAGUGAAGGAACCCAGAGAAGUCAAUUUUGACGUAGACGAAUACGGAAAACUGGACAAGCAUCAUCGGGUAGAUGCGCUUUGGAAAAACGUUGAACAAAUAGCCCAUAGUGGAACGGAGGAACGGAAUCGGGCGAAACGCCAGUUGAUAUCAGUUCUGGCGCCGGUUGUUCUCGCACCGUACAUAUUCUCGCCAGUAUUCGGUCUCAGUAUCUUGGGUCCAGUGGUUUUGUCGCCAAAUAUUUUCAGUCCGCUAAUUUUGAAUCCUGCCAUACUUGGCCCAUUUGUUCUUGAUCCAGCCAUCUUCAUGCCUUUCAUCAUCAGUCCUUAUAUCUUGUCACCAUAUGUGAUGACGCCUAUUCUCGGUGGCCCUUUUAUAUUAACACCAUACAUUUUAUCACCCAAUGUUCUUAAUCCGUAUGCCCUCAGUCCACUGAUACUCAGCCCGUAUGUUUUAAGCCCGGACGUGUUAUCUCCGCAGGUACUUGGUGGACAAAUUUUAUCACCAUCCGUUUUAUCACCAUCCGUGUACACAGAGAGUAUCCUGAUGGCAAGUGUUUUGUCACCCUCCUGGUUGUCCAGGUGA